GAAUGGACAGAAGCUGCCAUCAGCCCCAGAGUUCUGCAGUGUGUCUCACAACUCAGUGGUGUCGUAUUUCUCGGUGAUGCCAAAAUCGAUUACCUGGCCUGGUACAACCUCACGAGCGAGUUCGUCAUCAAUGCAUCCCGUACAGUGGUGCUCUUACGGGAGAAACACCCUCUACUGCGCCCCUUUGUGCAUUGGUUUCUCCCAGAGUGCCGCGAAAUUCGACGUCAGUCUCGCGAAGCCCGGCGGAUGAUUGAGCCUGCUGUACAGGAACGGUUGAAACAGCUGGAACAGCCCUGUUCUACUUCUAACUUGACACAUAGUACAGGGACGUCGAGCAUGAUCUCGAUUGACUGGUUCGCAGCUGCUGGGAAAUCCAGGAGACUACGGAACUUCGAUUUUGUCAGCGCUGAGUUCACCCUGGCCAUCGCGAGCAUUCGUACCGUGAGCGGCCACGCAUUUGGCGGGUUGGUCCGCUUAGCCAUGCACCCGGAAUACGUACAGCCCAUACGGGACGAGAUCAUCGAAGUUCUCCAGAAUGCAUCACAGCUGGACAAGAGCUGCUUGUUUCGAAUGCGUUUGCUCGAUUCCUUUUUAAAGGAGAGCGCACGAAUGGAUUGCUUUCCCACCACGCUGAGGAGGAUCGCGCUCAGGGAUGUACGCUUUCGCGACGGUACAUUGCUCCCCCAGGGUGCAUAUUGCAUGAUCGCGCCAGCCCCCAUGAAAGACUCUUCUUUCUACACGCCGGACGCUCUGGUAUUCGAUGGCUUCCGGUAUGUCAAAUUGCGGCAGGCGGCCUUGGAGAGAGGGUCGACUGGGGAGCAAUAUCAGUACUGUAGCGUCAGUAACCAAGACACCGUCUUUGGCCUUGGAGUUCACGCUUGCCCAGCUCGCUUCUUCGCCACCUUUCAAGUCAAAUUACUGGUGGCAUACAUGUUGUUGCAUUACGAUAUGCGGCUUCCUGACGGAGACGUGGGAGAACCUCUCAUCAAGACACUUGGCUACGAGCGCAGCAUGAACCACGCUAGGAGCCUCCAAUUCACUACGAGACUUCCAGAGGUCGACUGGCAGAAACUGGCAGAGCAUAAUAAGAAGUUCUGA